ACUUUAAAUAAAUAUAUAUAUUUGCAUUAUUUACUUGAACUUAGAAUUAAAGAAAUCCAUUUUGUUUGGGGAGAAAAUAAGAAAUUUUCAUGUUUUAUACUUGUAUAUGUGUGUAGUGGCAGAAACAAUAAAAUCCCCCAACCUUCAAAGUAGCAUUUGAUCAAUAAUGAAUUCUUACUUUAUUAGUACUGUAGUUCAUCAUCAUCAGCAUUUAUUUAAAACUAAUCCGGGAAUGCAAAAUCCAACAGAGAUAUACAAGACAAUAUUGAAUAAAAAAGUACAAAUGUAUAUAGAAUAUUAAGAGAAAGGAGAAAUUAAACAAAUUGAAGUUGUGAAUAAUGAAAGAGAAAAAAAGAGAAAGAAAGAGGACACAUGCACGAAGGUGGGGGCGCAGAUGUAAUACAAAAAGAAGAAAAGAAGCAUAAAAGAACAGCUAUAUAUAUAUAACAUAUUGAUUUCUCUGUAUCAGAAAUUAAAGCAAACAAUAACAUAACGUAAAAUACAAUUAACGAUUCUGUUAGUUUCUUCUGAGAACAAGUUUCAAGAAUGAAAGGAGGCAACAGUGGCAGGGAGAUUAUGCUGGGGAAUUCUCGGAAGUGGAUAAUUGUGGUGGUCACCAUAUGGCUGCAGGCCUUCACCGGCACCAACUUCGAUUUCUCGCAGUACUCCUCCGCCAUGAAAUCCGCCCUCAACAUAUCGCAGAUGCAGCUCAACUACCUAGCCACCGCCAACGACAUGGGCAAGCUCUUUGGCUGGUCCUCCGGUUUCGCCCUCAUCUACUUCCCUCUUCCUGCCGUCAUGUUCAUCGCCGCCGCCAUGGGAUUUGUCAGCUACGGCCUCCAGUGGCUCCUUCUCCAAGGCUUCAUCCACCUCCCUUAUUUUCUGGUGUUUGUUGUGAGUGUGUUAGGAGGGGUGAGCAUAUGUUGGUUCAACACAGUGUGCUUUGUUCUGUGCAUAAGGAGUUUUCCGGUGAAGAGAGCACUGGCACUGUCCCUCACCGUCAGCUUCAAUGGUGUGAGCGGGGCACUCUACACGCUGGCCGCCAAUUCAAUAGACCCUUCAUCUCCUACUCUCUAUCUCCUUCUCAAUGCCCUUCUUCCCCUUCUCGUCUCCUUCGCCGCCGCCUUGUUGGCCCCAGUUAUGCCCCACUCUCCUGCUCAUCAUGAUCACUCUAACAGCGACUCCAUCAUGUUCCUAGUACUCAACUUCCUGGCCACUCUCACUGGCCUCUACCUCCUCCUCUUUGCCUCCCAUGCAUCCGCGGGCGAUGUGGCAUCCAACAGGCUCUUCUUGGGGGGCGCCAUUUUCCUUCUUGUCUUGCCCUUAUUCGUUGCUUAUGCCAGCUCGUGGUCUCGUCCAACAGUUCAUGACGACGACCUCGAGCUGCAUAAGGAACUCAUCAUUAGCUGCAAAAGGAUGCUGGAAGAAGAGCAGUGUGGCGGCGCCGUUCUUGGAAGGCUGGAUUUCUGGCUCUACUAUGUUACCUACAUUUGCGGAGGAACUAUUGGGCUUGUGUAUAGCAAUAACCUGGGACAGAUUGCGGAGUCAGUGGGCACGAGUUGUGACAUUUCUACACUUGUGAUGGUGUAUGCCUCCUUCUCCUUCUUCGGUCGCUUGCUUUCGGGUCUACCCGACUAUAUUGGUAGCAAAUUGUACUUUGCAAGAACUGGUUGGCUAUGCAUUGCACUAAUACCCACCCCAGUUGCAUUCACAUUCAUGGCGCUAUCACAAACUCCCCUCGCACUCCCCAUAGGCACGGCGUUGAUAGCCUUCAGUUCCGGAUUCAUAUUCGCUGCUGCCGUCUCCGUCACGUCGGAACUCUUUGGUCCCAACAGUGUUGCCGUCAAUCACAACCUUCUCAUAACAAACAUCCCAAUUGGAUCCCUGCUCUACGGCUUCCUGUCCGCCUUACUCUACGACGCCAACACAAACUCCGGCGUGUGCAUUGGCAGGCAGUGCUACUUCUGGACUUUUGUGUGCUGGGCUUGCACAGCUGUCCUCGGACUGCUUUCUAGUCUCCUCUUGUUCUUCAGAACCAAACAUGCAUACCAAUUACAUGAUGGCUUUGUAAGAGGAUGAACCAAUAAGGGGGAGGGUUUAGUUGUAGCAAUGUGUGCAUGACUACAAGAAUCACUGCAAUUUCUAAUGAAAUCAUACUCUUUCAUGAGAACAACACAACCCUCUCACCACUCGCUAGAUAUAGAUAUCAUCAUUUUAGUUCAAUAUAUAAUGCUCAAGCUAUUAUAUUAUUGCAUUUUCUUAUUAUGCCUAAUCAUAAUAUACAUUUCUUUCUAUUAU